UACCAAUUGAGCUGCAGCUCAAUUGGUGAGAGUCGUCUCCUUCGGGAGAACAAAAGGGCUGAGGUCACGGGUUCGAAGCGCUGCAGCGCGUAGCGAACUGGUGUGAUUUCCUGCCAUACAAUACCCCAGUAUGUCAUGUCAUGCAUGUGUGUCCAGUUGUAAGGGGCUGGCACAGGGGGUCAUCACAUCGCAAGGGGUGUGGGGUCCUCACAAUUGGUGAGAGUCGUCUCCUUUGGGAGAACAAAAGGCCUGAGGUCACGGGUUCGAAGCUCUGCAGGGCGUAGCGAACUGUUGUGAUUUCACUGCUACAAUACCUGAGUAUGUCAUGACAAGUCAUGGUGUCCAGUUGUAAGGGGCUGGCACAAGGGUUCACAGUAUGGCCAAGGCCCAGCUGUGGGUCCUCACAAAACGUCUUCUAGAUUCCUCAAUAACCACGAGACGUUCCUCUAUGAUUUCAUCGAUGGUCACAAAUCAUACGUACGUGAAUAUGUUCAAAACAUUUCUAAAACAAGUUCAUGUUCUGCUUUCAUUCUUGACAUGUGUUGUACCUCGAUGAUUGACAUAGCCAACGAAUUCAAUGUCCCGAGUUAUAUUUACUUCGCUUCAAACACUGCUUUUCUUGGCUUAUGUCUUCAUUUCGAGACCUUAAGAAAUGAACAAAAUUUAGACACGUCGAAGUACUUAAACUCUAACGAGGCAUUAUCGAUCCCAACUUUUAAAAAUCUUUGUCCUGCUAAUGUUGUGCCUAAGCAUAUGUUAGAUUCAAGACUUGCUUCAACGUUGUUUUUUGAUGGAAUUCGUCGAUUCAAAGAUACUAAAGGAAUUAUUAUUAAUACUUUUUUCGAGCUUGAAUCAUUUUCUCUUCAGGCUCUAUCGGAUUCUAAGAUGGUUCCAAAAAUUUAUCCGGUUGGUCCAGUGGUUAGUUUUGAAAAAACUGGUCAUUGUCGAAAUAAUUCAACGGAAACUGAAGGUAUUAUUAAGUGGUUGGAUGAGCAGCAAGAUUCAUCGGUUGUGUUUUUGUGCUUUGGUAGUAUGGGAAGUUUUGAAGCAGAACAAAUUAGAGAAAUAGCAACUGCACUGGAGCAUUGUGGACACAGGUUCUUGUGGUCUUUAAGAAGAUCUCCACCAAAGGGAAAAAUAGAUAUACCAAGCAAUUACAACAACUAUGAAGAAGUGUUACCACAAGGAUUCUUGGAGAAAACAAAAGAAAUUGGAAAAAUAAUAGGAUGGGCACCACAAGUAGCAAUUUUAUCUCAUCCAUCAAUAGGAGGAUUUGUGUCCCAUUGUGGGUGGAAUUCAGUACUAGAAAGUGUGCAUUUUGGUGUGCCAAUUGCAACUUGGCCACUCUAUGCAGAACAACAAAUGAAUGCAUUCUUGAUGGUUAAAGAAUUAGGACUUGCUGAGCAGUUAAAAAUGGACUAUGUUGCUGAUUUUGAGGGGAAAAAUAAUCAAGUUGAUGUAGUUAGUGCUGAAGAAAUUGAAGGUUGUUUAUUAAGGUUGGUGGUAAAAAGUGAAGAGAAUGAAGUUAGGAAAAAAGUGAAGGAAAUGAAGGAGAAGAGUAGAGUGGCAAUGGAGGAAUGUGGAUCAUCUUAUAAUUCUAUUGGACUUCUAAUUAAGGAUGUAAUCACUAAUAUUUAGUUCUUAACAUGAAGGAAAAAACAACGAUAUUAUAUUUGAGGAGAUAUGUACUAUUAUUAUCUGAUAGUGGUGUCCAUCUAUUUUGAAAAGGAUUGUAUUUAUAUGCAUAGUUUAAAAAUGUUUACCCUAUUAUAGUAUAAUUAAUUAUAGCAAGUUAUUUA